UCAUACCAAAAUGAAAUCAAUCCUCAAUCUCAUGCCCCUCAAGUUUCGCUUUUUUACCUUUUGGUCCCCCGAAAAACCAUUAUCUAGUCCCCCAGAAACCAACUUGUCCAGUUGAAGCACAGCAUAGAACUGUUUCCUCUUAAUUCACUCUUCUGUUUUAAGGCUGAGGAUGAGUAAGCUAGCCUUACAGGAAUCAUCCGUCACUUUCCCGGGAAAGCCGAAUCAAUCGACAGCCGAGUGCUGGUUAGACGACGCAUGUAUCCUUGACAUGGACUACUUUGUGAAGACCAUCUCAGGGAUUAAGUCCAAGGGGGUUCGUCCUGACUUAAUUGGCUCGAUCAUCGUGCAUUAUGCGUCGAAAUGGUUACCUGAUCUAUCCGGCGACGAUGCCAAAAAGGGUACAGCGAGUCUCGAAGUGUCGUCGACAGAGAGUGUGACGGCUUCGUGGAUGAAAAAGAGGUUCUUUGUGGAAACCCUGGUGGGAAUUCUGCCACCCGAGAGGGAUUCCAUCCCAUGCAACUUCCUCCUACGCCUUCUCCGGACGGCCAACAUGGUCGGCGUGGAGCCUUCGUACAGAGCAGAGCUGGAGAAAAGGAUUUCAUGGCAGCUUGACCAAGCUUCCCUGAAAGAGCUCAUGAUUCCUUCGUUUAGUCACACUUGCGGCACACUGUUGGACGUGGAGCUCGUUAUAAGGUUGGUUAAGAGAUUCGCCGCCCUCGACGAAGGCGCUAGAAGCGGCAUUGCGGUGGUUAAAGUAGCUAAGCUUGUGGAUUGCUACUUAGCUGAAGCUGCUUUGGAUGCUAAUCUGAGUUUGGAUGGGUUUAUUGCGCUUGGUGCUGCUCUUCCUAGCCAUGCCCGAGCCAUGGACGAUGGCCUGUAUCGCGCCAUUGAUACUUAUCUCAAAGCACAUCCGGGUGUGUCGAAGCAAGACAGGAAAGUUCUUUGCAGAUUGAUAGACUGUCGGAAACUCACACCAGAAGCGUCCCUACACGCCGCUCAAAACGAACGCCUGCCCGUUCGAGCCGUGAUUCAAGUGCUGUUCUCCGAGCACACCAGGCUCAACCGGCACGUCGACUGGAGCGGAUCGUUCAGCGGAAUGCGGAGUCCGAACAAGGCCGGAGUCGAACCCCCGGUUCGGUGCCCGUCGAAGCGAGAGAUCAACGCGCAACAGAUGGAGAUAAAGAAGCUGAAAGAAGAGGUGGUGAGGGUGCAGAGCCAGUGCGUGGCGAUGCAGAUGCAAAUGGAGAAAUUGAUGGACAAGAAGAAGGGGUUUUUCAGGUGGAGGAAGCUGGGGAUUAUGCCUUCGCUCAAGAGCAGCGUCAGCGUUUUCGAGCGGAUUGAAGAGGACCGGGAGGCCAACUUCGGACGGCAAACGCCGAUCGAUGUCAAACCGAAGCCUGUUCGAGGUAGGGCUGUUUCCAAGUGGAGAAAUUCCAUGUCUUGAAUUUUGCUUAUUUGCAUGGGGAUUUCCUGAUUGAUUUGCAGCUCAAUUUGAUAUGUGUGUAUGUUCAUUUUCUCUGUUUCAUGUUGAUGGACCGUUCGAAUUAAGGUAGGAAAUAAUGUAAUUAACAAUAAUAAGAUUUGUAUCA